UUUCUCUUCAUUCUUGAUGCAUUCUGGAGUUUUAGGCUGUUUGGAUCUUUGGAUCUCUAUUACCGAUCGUUUGCUUCACAAUGUCAGUGAAGUUAACUUCAAAAUAAGCUUAUUUACCUGCAGUUGUGAGUUUGUAAUUUGCAUACAUUUGUAGCCGGGUGGUAUUUGAAGAAUUGCUUGCUCUGCUUCCUUUUGUAGGACAAGAAGAAGGUGCAGAGACGGUCCUUCUUGUGGAUGUGUGUUUCCUGGUUGCCAAAGACACUGUAUUUGUUUUCUUUCUGUGUUUACAAGAGGACUGGUACCUGAGAGCCUGAGAAUGGCACAAUCUCAUGGAAGUUGCUCUACAACAAGAGAAGAAGCUACAUCUAAGUGGUCAGAUGUAAUUAAGAACAGCAAACAGAUUGCAACAGAACCCAUAAGAACAUACCUGCUGAACACAGUCAAGAGAGCACUGAAUAAAGAUGGACUCAUCAGGAGAUAUACUUUUGGAAGAAAGGACCCCAACAAAAGGAACAGGACAAUCCUGAUGGUAGGAGAAACAGGAACAGGGAAGUCUGCGCUCAUCAAUAUGAUGGUCAACUACAUGCUGGGGGUAGAGUGGGAAGAUAAGAUCAGGUUUGAAAUCAUUCCAGAUGAAGGCAAAAACCCAAAAACCAGUCUGACUACUGUCUAUGAGAUUUUUGGACUGGAGGAGCUGUCUGUUCCUUUUUCACUCACAGUCAUUGAUACACCAGGAUAUGGAGACACUACAGUGAAAGAUGAUAUAAUUGCUCAGAAUCUGUACAGAUUACUGGAAUCUUUCGACAUCGUUGAACUAGAUGCAGUUUGCCUUGUGGUGAAGGCAUCUGCAUAUCAUCUCACUCCUUUCCAGAAGAAAAUAUUUGAUUCCAUCCUGUCCCUCUUUGGAAAAAACAUGGAGAAAAACAUCAUGACUCUCAUCACCUUCUCUGACUGGACGUCACCUUCAAAUGCUCUUGAGGCAGUUAUCGAGUCUGGUGUACCUUUUCCCAAAGAUGACAUUGAUGAGCCUGUUCACUUCCUGUUCAACAACUGUCCUCUUAAUGAUUAUCAGAAUAAAUAUGAAAAAUCAUUCAAACAUCACUGGGAUAACGGAACUGAGAGCAUGAGGGAGUUCUUUCAGACUUUGGAUCGAAUGGAAACUCAAAGCUUGAGGAUGACUGAAAAUGUCUUGAGAGAACGCCGGAGACUGGAAGCUUGUAUCCAGAGCUUCGAGAGUCAGAUCAAGGUCGUGGAGAUGAAGCUCAAGGCACUUGAGGAAGUUAAGAAAACUCUGGAAGAGCACAAAGAGGACAUGAGGAAAAAUAAUAACUUUCAGUAUAAAUACACAACUGUUGUCAUGAAGAAGGUCCCAGCUGCUGAAGCUGCACUCCUCUGUCAGAAGUGUGAGGUGACCUGCCACACUCCAUGUACGUGGGCACCUGACCCAUGGUGGUGUCAUGUAAUAGACUGGAGUGGGAAAUGUACGGCCUGUCCCGGAAAAUGCAGCUACAAUGACCAUGAAAAAGCACACAGAGUAUAUAAGCCAGAAUACAAAGAAAAAACAGGAACUCGUGAGGGCCUGAAAAAAACUUGUGAAACGAUGAUAGCCACAGGAAAGGAAGUGAUGUCCACACGUGAGCAAGAGUUGAGGAAUUCAGAAGCUGAGAAAACCAGCCUCAUUGAAAGGUGUUUCCAGUGCAUUCUCCAGCUUGGAGAGCUUGCUCUGAAGUUUGAUUCUGAUUCUACUCGUCAGAGUAUUCUCAGGCUGAUAGAAGUGCUGGAGAGGAACAACGAGGCAGAGAAAGCGGAAACACUACAGGAUAUUCUGGAAAACACUGUGCAAAGAGAUUAACAGACGUGGAGAAGAUGUGUGUUCAGUUGCACGCUCUUCUGCUUUCCAUGUAGAUGUUGUAGGGCCAAAAUUAUUAUAGAGCAAACAGUUACGCUUAUUUACCAAGGACUUCCCCUGUUGUCCCUACUGUGAAACAGGCAUUAGCAACAGUAGACAACAGCUACCAAAAUAAACUGUCAAAGAUGAAUUCAAUCAGGAUUGUAACUUUACCUAUCUCUUCCUGUAGUGGCAGAACCUGUCCAUAUCGCCAUAGAAACUACUGAAGAGAGAGAGACUCUUAAGCUCAACAGAAAAAUUUUGACUGUAAUUAUUAUUUUUGAAUUGUCUUGAAGUGGAUCUUUAUUUGCUCGCUGGUAUGUUUUAUCAUUUGAACAAAUAUCCACGAAUAGAAGUUAUUUUGUGCUCUGUCUCAUGCAAGUUGAUUUUCUGACUAUUAUAAAGUUCUUUAAUGUUACUUGACUUUGACUUUUUAGUUUUCCUGUACAAAAUGGCCAAAUAGACCGAAACUGUGAAUCCCAAUUCUCUGAAGUACUGCUUUGUGCAUGAACCAGCCAAUCUUCCCUUUUGUGUUUACAAUGGCAUGUCAUGUACACAAACCGCAGUUGGAGCCGACUGAUCCAUCACCUGUUCUUUCUUCUCCUUUGCUGUCGCCCUUUCAUAAAGUAAUGGCCAUGUGUCGCAAGGUUUUCACACAAAUGUUUAACAAGCGAAAAUAAGAUUAAUUAUAUGCUUGUAAUUUUAGAUACGCUUUUUCACAUGAGACAAAAACUCUUACUCCAGGAGAAAUCAAACAGAAACAUGGCAUGAAUUUGUUUUGGCAUUGGUUAUUUUGUGAUUAAUAUUGGCAAUAUUAUUGCACUUCGUAUUACUAGAGAUGUAAAUAAAAGAUAUACCAUUACAGUUUUCAGUAUUUUAAAAGUAAUUGUUUACUGUAUGAUACACAAUACUCCUGUAAUCCAUUUGUAAUUGUACUUGAUUUGAACCCUUUUGGGUUCCUAGUAUUUUUCUGUUUCAGCUUUGCUUUUAUUUGUUGUAAGUGUCCAGUCAUGUCCAGGUAUAUACCCUAGCAAAUGUUUUGACAGAUAUAAUCAUCCCCUAGUACCCCUUGUCUGCUAGGAGGAUAUAGGUGCUAGUUCUAAGUUCUAAGUUAUAGUUCCUGUGAACCACAAAACUGCACAAACCGCAGUGACGCUUUCAGCUGCUGACUCCUCCCUUUCAGCUGAUCCAUCACCUGUUUUUCUUCUCCUUUGCUGUUUCCUUUCAUUAAGUAAUGGCCAUGUAUUGCAUGUCAACAGAGAGGGUUUUAACACAAAUGUUUAAUAUUGUUUAAGAUAAAAUAAGACUAAUAUACCUGUAAUUAUGAAUACAUUUUUUUUCACAUGACAAAAACUUACUCCAGGAGAAAUCAAACAGAAAUAUGGCACAAAUUUGUUUUGGCAUUGGUUAUUUUGUGAUUAAUAUUGGCAAUAUUAUUGUACUUAGAGAUGUAAAUAAAAGAUAUACCAUUACAGUUUUCAGUAUUUUAAAAGUAAUUGUUUACUGUAUGAUACACAAUGUUCCUGUAAUCCAUUUGUAAUUGUACUUGAUUUGAACCCUUUUGGGUUCCUAGUAUUUUUCUGUUUCAGCUUUGCUUUUAUUUGUUGUAACAGUCCAGUCAUGCCCAGUUAUUUCCCCUAACAAAUGUUUUGACAAAUACAAUCAUACCCCUAGUGUUGCCUGUCCACUAGGAGGAUACAGGUGCUAAAAAAUAUAUUAAGGGGGCAUGGUAGGGAAAGGGAGAGGGACGGUUGGGGAGGUUAGGACUCCUUGUCUAACUCUCAUCAGUUCACUACGUGCCUCUGUGAAAUAAUGUGGUUCUUGUAAGAAUAUUCUAAGUUAUCCUUUAUGGCAGACCAGGUUUCUGUAAAUCAUGUGUAAUUCUACUUGUGUUUAAUCCUGUCAUGCAAGUUGGAUUCCCAAUUCUCUUCUGUUUCAGUUUUGCUUUCGCUAUUUUUGCCUUUUUAAAAAAAAGGGGUGAGGGUGGUUAGGACUCAUCUAUAUCUCAUUUCAUUAUUUGUUCCUGUGGAAAAAAUGCAGUAAACACAUUCCUCUAAAAGGUCAGUUGAUGGGUGUGUUUCAUCUCACUUAUGUCAGUUGGAUUUUUCAAUGGGGAGGUACCAAGUUAAUAACAGAUAGCAAUGUUAAAUGUGUGAUGAUGCACUGUAACUAGUUUUUCAAAAGGCAAAAACAGUUUUGUUGUUCCUGUAAAAAGUAUUUUUGCAUUCAGUGCUGUGAAUUGGCGCUGUGGAGGAACUCAGCACCUGCAGCCUAAAAGAAUUCAGACUAAUACAAAGUCAGUAUAUGACUGUGUAAAUUCCAGAUAAACCACAUUCCCUUUGCUGUUUACAAAAGCAUGUUGAGUACACAAACAGCACUGAAGCAUUCAGGUGAAGAAGUCAAGUAUGAACGCAGCUACUGACUCCUCCCUUUCAACUGAUCCAUCACCUGGUCUUUCCUCUCCUUUGCUGUUUUCCUUUCAUAAAGUUAUGGUCAUGUGUCUCUGGUCAAUGCAGAAGGUUUAACAUAAAUGUUUAACACAAGAUAAAAUAAGAUUAAUGAUAUGCUUGUAAUUUUGCAUACAUUUUUUCACAUAAGGCAAAAACUGUUGCUCCACCAGAAAUCAAACAGAAACAUGGCACACAUUUUUUUUGGAUAUCUUUGCGUAAUGCAAAUAAUGCAAAUCUUGUGGAGCUAGUUUGGACAGAACUCGACUGUUCACAUGACUGUUUUGUCUGCAUUACAGCUUCUAAACAGCAGGGGAAGCUGUACGUUGUGGUGUGGGGAGUAAGAGUGUGUGAAGAAGA